UAUCAACAUGGCAUGAAGCUGUAGAAGAAUUGAACUAAGCUGAGGCUGCUGCUUCAACCAGACAUUACCAAUGAAUGAAUGAAGGGCUUGUUGGCGGCCCAGCUAGAUGACGUCGGACUUUGAUUGCCGUUUGGACUCGACAUUUUUUUUUUUUUUUUGCCUUUUCUUUUCAACCCAUUGUACGGCAUGGCAUCGACGAUAGUAACACCAGGCCAACGGUUAGGCUAUGCGCAAGAUUUCACAGCAGGAUCAGGUACCUACGAACGAGAUGGACUUUUGUACGCCAGUGUGGUUGGCGUGAAGAAAGUGCUCAAGGACGCUACCAGCCAUCUCGAGACCAUCACCAUUGUCAGAGAAAAGGAGCAAUCGGCUGUGCCUUCGGUCGGCAGCAUGAUCACAGGCAAAAUAACCAAGGUGAACCCUCGAUUUGCCAGCGUCAGCAUCAACGUCGUCGACAGCACGCCGUGCAGAGAAGAUUUCCAAGGCGUCAUUCGGGUCCAAGACGUUCGGGCUACGGAACGAGACAAAGUCAAGAUUUACAAUUCUUUCCGACCAGGUGAUAUCGUUCGAGCCCAGGUCAUUUCCCUCGGUGACGCUCGCUCUUACUACCUCUCGACCGCUCAGAAUGAACUCGGCGUCAUCUUUGCCAAAAGUGUCGCGGGUGAAACGAUGAUUCCUGUGUCGUGGCAAGAAAUGCAGUGCCCGAAGACCAAAGUCAUAGAAUAUAGAAAGUGCGCGAAACCAUUUUAAAUGCCUUUUGGCCAUGUAAAUAUCAUACAAGCAUUUCGUGUAUUCCAAAAGA